CUCAGCGUGGAACUGGGACAGGAAUCUGCUCCCGGUGGGAAUCCAUCUCCCUUCACUUCUUUCCGUUGGGUCGUCGCUGUGUUGAUGAUACCUUCUAUCGACUGCCAGUGUGCUUCCCUCGAAGGCAUAGCGCAUCCCGACCGUACGCCGAAGCUGAUAAUACUUAAUUUGAUUAUCCGCUGCCUCUAUUGUUGACAUGAACUAUCUCAAGUGAUGCUUGACCCCGAGCUGUUAUCGUCGCAUCAUUGAUCCCAACGGCACCAUCCCUUAUUGGGCCACCCCGAUCCUCCAGUCGUCCAACUAAGCUUUGUCCUCUCCCUAGCCACCAACACGUCUCGAUAAGACGACGUCCCCAUGGCAUCAACUUCACUUUUAUCUGCCUCUAUCAUCACCAACAUGGCAGUCCUUCCAGCAUAUGGGAACUAUCAUCACGUUCAGCUGGCGGAGGUUUUUGACUGUGCCCUCGAUCAGAGGCUGGGCCGUCACCUUGCACCCACGCCAGCCCAUCUCACGCGUGUCGUCUACGUCCCAAAUCACAAAGACAUCACUACUCAUUUGCCUCUCUACGACUACAAUGAGAAUUACGACAAGGCUGUCAAGGAAGAGCCUAUCGGCAGCAGCAAGUACAAGCUUGGCCUGGCAAUGAUGAGGCGACCGUUGGGAGAUGGAACCGAUGCGCAAGUUCGUUAUCUGGUUAACUUCCAGAAGGGCCUUGAGGGUGUUGCUGCAACGGUGGAGAGGAGAAUGCCAAGCCAUAACGGCGAGAUCGUCAGCUUGCACAUACCUGCCGAUGACAACGGCAACUUUCGCGUUGCACCGCACAGCAUGGAGCAAGACCUACAGCUGGCAGUUACCAGCUCGUUCCCUGUUCCAGACACAAAGAUGCACGCAGCCGCAAACCCCGUGCGACACCCAUGGUUCACAAUCUCUCAGACAUCGCGAGACGGAAGCAUCACCGUUCCCUCGAAUCUGGAGUGGCAAGCGCGCCCAACAGAAGAUGGGCCUCUGCGCUAUACUCUGGUCGACACUGAGGCAGAGUCAAGCGGCGGGGAGCCAGCUAUUCAUGCCAUCUACCACCACGUCGGUAUCGGCUUCGCUCUGCCCAACGACUACAGCGAGGGCAUUUUGCUACUUUCAGAGGAUCUCAACGGUGAGGCGGAGGCGUUGGCGAUCGCCACCUUGCUCGGCGUCCUUCGGCAGACAAGGUCGAUCAACCAGCCUCCUCCUAGGCCGAGGAAGAAGUCAUUGGUGAAGAGAGUUUUGGGAAAAAUUUGAGCCUUCUUGAUAACAGGACAGAGUUUGUGCUAUCUGGAGAUAUGAACUUGCGUGGCCGAGUCCGGAAACUUGCCGGUUUUGUUACUUUUGAGCGUGGAGAUCGAGGAAGAAAUUGCGCGGUAGAUACCCAGGG